AUGUCGUUGCCAAUAAAGCGUUCGUUCAGCUCGGAAGGAGGAGCCACUAAGCGAGAUUGGAAAAUGAGGCUCAGUCUUCGCAGCCGGAGUGGACACAGUGUCGUGCGGAAUCCUUCAUGUGAAGCGCUACGCGGUCGACGAUGCGCUUCCUUGCGAUCUGCUGCUACCCCACUCCGGACUGACGAGUCGGGACGAAGCACACCUUCUACAGCACAUCGUGCAUCGCCCUCCCCGGCCGAUACGCCAGCUCCAAAGAAAUCUAACUGGGAGGUUAUAGAACAUUUUUCUUCCAGUCGGAGCAAAAAGAGUCCUACUUCUGAAAACGCAGAAGGUGGCGUCGUGUCCUCGUCACCCGCCCUGCCACUCUGCCCUUCUGGAAAACCGGAUUUCGACGUACAGCCAUUAUUGAAUGACGAAACACGAAAUGAUCAAGGAGGAGGGGGUGGAAGCACUACAAAUAAUGAAAAUGAUAAAGAAGAAGACUGUUGGCAACAAUGCGUUGAAAAAUGUCCCGGACCCUUGCGAGCAGUCUGUGAGACACAUCGAUUUGAGAACUUACAGGUUGAGAUGUUAUACCAGCGCUAUUUUUUGCGUAUGAACCAAACGAAUAUGACACAUUUACUCGGACUAUUAUUGGUUUUGGCGGUGACCCUUAUAAUGGUUCAAGUGCGAACAUUACUAAUAGCACAGAAUUUCUUAAGUGGAGUACUGAAAUUUUCAAACAACUCAUUUCUAAGUUCAGACACUACCAGCCAAUUAUUGGACCUAGCGGCUGGAAUACCUACAUCAAUUGAAGGUUAUCAUGAAUUGCAAAAUCUCAAUUCAACGUUGCUUAAACGCAUUUACUACGAAAAAGAACGGGUGGCUCAUAUAAUUAAUAUCAUCAUACUUGGCAUUACAUCCAUUGUUUAUACAUGUCUCCUGGCUUGUCUAAGCAGACCAGCAAUGAACGAGAUAUAUCUCCUGACCAUUUCUUACGUUGUGCUCGUAACGUUCUUGUUGAUCGAGUUUGCUCUAGCUGGUACAUCGGUGCUUAGGUCUCUCGAUGUAAGCGCCGGCGCAUGCGCUCUUUUCACCUAUGUUACAUACGCGACGCUCCCUGUAAGACUGCAUGAGGCCACAGUAGGUGGAUUAGCACUCGCCGCUGUCAAUAUUGGUGCACAACUGGUCAUGAACAGAGGAACUGAUGCCCAGAUCCUUUGCAGCGUAGUGACACUGAUUGCUUGCAACGUAGCCGGGAUAAUGACCCACCAUCCUCGUGAGCUCGCUCAACGCCGAGCCUUCUUAGAGACGCGGGAUUGCGUGGAAGCACGUCUUAUCACUCAAAGAGAGAACCAGCAGCAGGAACGCUUACUGCUAUCGGUGUUACCCCGUCAUGUGGCGAUGGAAAUGAAGGCUGACAUCGCCAAUCAGCCGAGACAAGAACAGUUCCAUAAGAUCUACAUACAAAGAUACGAGAAUGUAAGCAUACUAUUUGCGGAUAUCUGUGGCUUCACUUCUUUGUCCGACCAAUGCACUGCUGAGGAACUUGUCCGCCUUCUUAAUGAACUAUUCGCUCGUUUCGAUCGGCUAGCGGCAGAACAUCAUUGUCUACGGAUCAAACUGCUUGGUGACUGCUAUUAUUGCGUUUCUGGUCUGCCAGAGGCUCGCGAUGAUCACGCCAAGUGCUGUGUUGAGAUGGGUCUUGAUAUGAUUGAUGCCAUUGCGUUGGUGCGUGAGGUAAUGGCAGUAAACGUAAACAUGCGUGUUGGUAUUCACACGGGACGAGUUCACUGCGUCGUACUCGGACUCCGAAAAUGGCAGUUUGAUGUAUGGUCCAAUGACGUGACGCUAGCUAACUAUAUGGAAAGCGGUGGUGUUGCUGGUCGGGUGCACAUUACAAAGGAGACAUUGAGAUAUCUUGGUGAUGACUAUAAGGUGGAGCCAGGUCAUGGAGGUCAACGUAAUACCUACUUAAAGGAUCACAACAUUGAAACCUACCUUAUAGUGCCCGAUGACACCAGUCGUGUGGACAAAAAGCCACAGCACUCAUUCUCAUUAAAUGGCAAUAUCUCAAAGGAAAUGCGCGUCAUGGGCCACGGUUCUCAGCACGGGAAGCAUUCGUCUAAAAUCGGUGUGGAUACCAACAACGAAAACAAGAGACCGGAGGAUGAGGUUAACGAGUAUCUGAUGAAGGCAAUUGAUGCGAGGUCGAUUGAACGACUACGUGCUGAACACUGCAGUCCUUUCACACUUACUUUCCGCGACAGUAAUCUGGAGAAAAAAUAUACGACUGAGAGAGACAGGAUGCUUAAAGUUUACUUCAUCUGCAGUUUAGUUAUAUACAUCUCCGUGGUGAUAGUACAGAUACUUAUUUUCACAAUAACACCAGCAGCAAUUGCCAUCAUAACUAUAUCUGGCGUGGUCAUAUUUUCCAUUAUAUAUUUGGUACUCUCCAUUGACUUUAAGCACGUCUGCAAUCGCCUGAAAAAGCUAACUACAAUAGUGCAUAACAAUCGAACGCUGGCACAACUGAUGUCCUUUAUGGUUGUGAUUUGUCUGGUUCUUCAAAUUGAAGUCGUCAUGGGAAUCGGAAUGUUUAAUCCACCGGCUUUAAAAAAAUCUCAGGGCACUACACUAUGUCCACAUGACAUUAAUGAGCAAUUUCUUCAACUGACGCUCGUGGUUAUGUUCCUCUGCGCCGUGCAUCAGAUUUUGAUCACAACUUUAAAGAUGCUGUUGUUAUGCCUUAUCAGUAUCAUAUAUAUUGCUGUGACAAUACAAAAGCAUCUUUAUUACCAAGAACACUUCUAUAACUAUCAGCACAAAUGUGACGUAGACUGGAAUCAGCAGUGGACAAAUAUUGUCAUUGCUUUGGGUGCAUUGAUAGCACUAAUGCUGCACUCACAACAAACUGAGAGUACCUACCGUCUUGAUUUCAUCUGGAAAUUACAAGCCAAUGAUGAGAAAGAAGAUAUGGAACACUUGGAGGCAUACAAUAGGAAGCUGCUUGCGAACAUCCUCCCAGAACAUGUUGCACAACAUUUCCUACGCAGCGAUAAGAACAUCGAUGAGCUGUACCACGAACAAUGUGAAUCAGUUUGCGUUAUGUUUGCUUCGAUCCCAAAUUUUUCCGAAUUCUAUGUGGAACUAGAAGGAAAUAACGAGGGUGUGGAGUGCCUCCGUCUUUUAAAUGAGAUCAUUGCCGAUUUUGAUGAGAUUCUUGCUGAGGAUCAGUUUAAGUAUAUUGAGAAGAUCAAAAGUACUGGUGCAACAUAUAUGGCAGCAUCGGGUCUAACGGCGGCGACUCGAGAUCUGCGCGGCUACCGCCACGUGACGGCUAUGGCAGACUACGCUCUCCGCCUUCGAGAACAACUGAAAUAUGUCAACGAGCACUCCUUUAAUAGCUUCCGUAUAAGAAUCGGCAUCAACAUAGGACCAGUGGUGGCAGGUGUGAUUGGUGCUCGUAAACCUCAAUAUGAUAUUUGGGGAAACGCUGUAAAUGUUGCUUCACGUAUGGAUUCUACAGGACUUCUUGAUCAUAUCCAGGUUACAGAGGAGGUGUAUGAUAUUUUGGCGACUCGGGGAUAUCGGCUCCGCUGCCGUGGAACUAUUGAUGUGAAAGGCAAGGGCAACAUGGUCACCUUCUUUUUGGAUGGCAUUGGUGAGACUCCCAUGCCAGGCGUUAAGGAUAUCUAUGCCAACCCCACUCCGUCAACAUCUGGUGCUGGGAGCGAUAAAAGUCACGACAAAGAUGACAGUGAUAAUCGACGUCAAGAUCAUCGACCAUUGGAGACGCUUUCUGAAGGUCAUACUGAUGAAGAUGGACCUUCACCACGAUCCUCUAUCCCUAAAGAAACCCAGGAGGGGUCGAUGACUCCAAAACUAACAAAUGGCGUUUCAUUAUCUCGAGAGGGUCUGGCAAGUGCUGUACGUGCACGUGUACUACGACGCUUAGAACGCCCAUCAUCACUCGCCGAUCAAGCAAGUCUGCCUGAAGUCAUCUCUUUAAUCAAUUCGAAAGCUUACUCUGCUGAAUUCAAUACCGCAACAUUCCAAAAUGAGACGGUGAAGAAAAAUUCCUCACUUACGAAUGUCAAGAGACCAGUGGCCGAAUCACAAAGUAGUGGCGCAAUCGAAAUGCUUCUUCAGGAUACAGAAACGAGGCGAGCAAUUAGUCUUGCUGACUUUUUAUUCAAAAGAAAACAAACACGUUUAAAAACAGCCUCAGUUCACAUUAUUGAAAAUCCAAUGAACGCAAUAUAA